GUAACACCGCCAGUCUGCCGGAAGUGAAGAAGAAGAACUUCCAGGUGACAGUUGGAUGUUGUUUUCGGGUCAAAUCAAUCCGGGACGAAUAUUCCUCCUUUAUAUAAUUCCUCCCGUUAUUUUACCGGAACGUGGAUGUGUUCAGGUUGAUGACCUCUGGUAUCCGUUAACCGGAUCUUAGUCCUGGUCCUCCCGAAGUUCGUCCCCGCACCGACCCUCCGAUGGCCUCCAGGCGGCCCGACAGCUUUGACGGGCUCGGCUAUCGCGGCCGCGAUGACCCGCUGUAUGGAGCAAGCUACCCGGUCAGGAGCGCAGGAGCCCCCGCCGAGAUGCAGCACCACCACUGGGUCACCACGCCGCCGGACAUCCCCGGCAGCCGCAACCUGCACCAUGGAGAGCGGACUCCUCAGCACGACGAGCCGCUUGGAGAGCCCAGAGGUCCCGGAGCCGCAGCCGGCUGGGAAGCUCCGCAGCCGGGGUUACCUCCUGCCGAGCAGCUCAAUCGAUUUGCAGGAUUUGGGAUCGGACUCGUCAGUCUGUUCACUGAGAACGUCCUUGCUCACCCCUGCAUCGUCUUCCGCAGACAGUGUCAGGUGAACUACCACGGUCGCUGUUACCACCUGACUCCGUUCAGCGCCGUCGCCGUCAUGUACGCCAUCACCAAGGCUCAGGGUCCGAAGGCUCUGUGGAAGGGGAUGGGCAGCACCUUCAUUGUUCACGGCAUCACGCUCGGAGCUGAGGGCGUCAUUAGCGAGCUCACACCGUUACCACGGGAGCUUCCUCACAGGUGGAGCCUGAAACAGCUGGCAGGACAUUUGCUGCUCAAAGGGUCAGUUCACUUCUUCUAUUUAUUUAUUUAGUUCACUUCUUCUUCUCUUUAUUCAGU